UUAGAGAAAAAAUCGUUGACUGAAAUGAAGCCAUUGCAACAAAACAGCAUAUUUGGCUUAGUUAGAAGAAGCCUUAUUCUCCUUAUUCCUGUAGUGUACCUUUCGCCGGCUCUGCCGUCGGUAGCUUCAUUCCGUCACUUCCGAUCGCCGGUUGCCACAAUGAGUCAAUCUCACUCUCCUCCGGUGGCUAACAAGGUGGAGCACAAAAUGGAGUUGUUUGGAGACGUAAGGAUCGACAACUAUUACUGGUUACGCGACGAUUCUCGCAAAAAUUCCGAUGUCAUUUCGUAUUUGCAGCAGGAGAAUGCCUACACGGAUUUCGUCAUGUCCGGAACAAAGCAAGUGGAAGAACAGAUUUAUAGUGAGAUAAGAGGACGAAUCAAGGAGGAUGAUAUUUCUGUGCCUGAGCGGAAAGGUCCUUACUAUUACUACGAGAGGACUCUAGAAGGGAAAGAAUAUGUUCAAUAUUGCAGGCGUUUUGUACCCCGUGGUGAAGAAGAAGCUAUCUCUGUGCACGAUACCAUGCCUACUGGACCUGAUGCUCCUCCGGAGCAUGUUAUAUUGGAUGAAAAUGUUAAGGCACAGAACCAAUCCUACUACUCCAUUGGUUGUUUUGAGGUUAGUCCAAACAACAAGCUAGUGGCGUAUGCAGAAGACACUAAAGGAGAUGAAAUCUACACGGUUUAUAUAAUUGAUGCCGAGACUGGAGCUCCUGUAGGAAAGCCUCUUGCAGGCGUGACGUCGUAUCUCAAAUGGGCUGGCAAUGACGCUUUAGUUUACAUCACAAUGGAUGAGAUUCUUCGACCUGAUAAGGCAUGGUUACAUAAACUGGGAACAGAGCAGUCAACGGACACCUGCCUUUAUCAUGAAAAGGAUGACAUGUUCUCUCUUGAUCUUCAAGCUUCUGAGAGCAAGAAAUAUUUGUUUAUUGCAUCUGAAAGUAAAUUUACUAGGUUCAACUUUUAUCUUGAUGUAUCAAAGCCCGAAGAUGGGCUUGUUGUCUUGACACCUAGAGUCGAUGGAGUUGACACUUUUCCCAGUCAUCGUGGAAAUCAUUUUUUUAUCCGGAGACGAAGUGAAGAGAUUUUCAAUUCAGAAGUAGUAGCUUGCCCACUUGAUAAUACAUCUGCAACGACAGUUAUUCUUCCGCACAGGGAAAGUGUGAAAAUCCAGGACAUACAACUAUUUCUUAACCAGAUCAUUAUAUUCGAACGUGAAGAUGGUCUACCAAAAAUUGUUGUCUAUAGCCUCCCUGAUAUUGGAGAACCACUUAGAAGCCUUGAAGGUGGACGAGCUGUGGAUUUUACUGAUGCGACUUACUCAGUGGAUGCAUCAGAAUCAGAAUUCUCUUCCAGCGUUUUACGGUUUUGUUACAGCUCAAUGAAGACACCCCCCUCUACAUACGACUAUGAUAUGAAAACAGGAGUUUCCAUUCUAAAGAAAGUUGAAACAGUGUUGGGAGGUUUUGAUACUAAUAAAUAUGUCACAGAGAGGAAAUGGGCAACUGCUCUAGACGGCACUAAAGUUCCCCUAUCAAUUGCUUAUCGAAAAGAUCUAGUGAAACUUGAUGGUUCAGAUCCACUUCUACUUUAUGGCUACGGUUCUUAUGAGGUAUGUGUAGACCCUAGUUUCAAGGCAUCAAGGAUAUCUUUGUUAGACAGGGGUUUUAUUUAUGCAAUAGCUCACAUUCGUGGGGGUGGUGAAAUGGGGAGGCAGUGGUAUGAAAAUGGAAAGUUGUUGAAGAAAAAAAAUACAUUCACAGAUUUCAUUUCUUGUGCUGAAUACUUGAUCGAGAAUAAAUACGGUUCAAAGGAAAAACUGUGCAUUAAUGGAAGAAGUGCUGGUGGUUUGCUUAUUGGUUCUGUUCUAAAUAUGAGGCCUGAUUUAUUCAAAGCUGCAGUUGCUGGGGUACCUUUUGUGGAUGUUCUAACGACCAUGCUUGAUCCGACAAUUCCCCUUACAACUUCGGAGUGGGAGGAAUGGGGUGACCCAAGGAAGGAGGAAUUCUACUUUUACAUGAAAUCAUAUUCUCCAGUUGACAAUGUUAAGGCUCAAAAUUAUCCAGACAUACUUGUUACUGCUGGCUUAAACGAUCCACGUGUUUUAUAUUCAGAACCGGCUAAGUUUGUGGCCAAAUUAAGGGAUAUGAAGACUGAUGAUAAUCUUCUGCUUUUCAAAUGUGAACUUGGUGCCGGACAUUUUUCAAAAUCAGGAAGAUUUGAGAAGCUACAAGAGGAUGCUUUCACAUAUGCCUUUAUACUGAAGUCACUUAACAUGAUUCCAACACUCGGAAAUUGAGCAAAAAGCUGCCCCUUGAUGGUAAACUUUUUCAUUCUCUAUUGACCUUUUUAGUGAAUCUUUCUUUACGAGAGAACGAGGUCAUAUUUGUACUGUUCUUCAUUACCUCACCAUUAGAUAAGCUAUGCUAUGCUAAUUUAAUAUAACUAGUUAGCAUUAAUGUGCAUUUGCACAUAAUUCUUAGGGAUUCGAAAUUAAUCCAAACAAGUUUACCCUUUAUCUCAAUAAUAGGACCUUUAUCCUUCUUCCUUACCCAACCUAGGCAUGCUCAUGUUUCCUUACAAGUUACAACUCCAAACCAUAUGUAUUAUAUAAUUUUAUAUUUUUCCACUCUCCGUUGAGAAUGUGACCAAAAUGUGAUAUUGGUUAGGAAAAGGUUCCAUGCUCUAACUAUCGCUGUUAGUAUGAAGUUUCUUGGAUAAAAUCAUGGAACCAUAUUUGUUUCAUAGAA